GCAAAAUCGAGUGCGCGAAGCGAUGAGAAGCUGAGUUGAGGAUGGCUUCAGGCUCAGAUGUGUCAUGCUCCCCAUUGAGGCCAGGCAGGCCACGCGUGUGUGCUACUGACGAGCACUGAUGACUGACCUCCCGAGAUACCUGCCGGCGGACGCGGGAUGACAUUGUCAGUCCUUGUGUGUGUGGUGUUUGUUGUGAUCAGAGUCGCCAGGUCUCCCGUGUGCCCCUCCCGCUGUGCAGACAGGGUCGCCGGUGAAGGUGGAGACCACCGCAGCCGCGGAGGGUGUGCCGCGAGGAGGAGGAGGUGUUGGUGUUGCAAAGGGGUAUCCUGCACCACCUGGACCGCCAUACGGGUGAGAGAACAACAACACAGCACAGCACAGCACACGGAAUGGGGGGGCAUUGAUUGACAGACUGACUGAUUCAAUGUAAUGUUCCUCUCUCUCUGCGUGUCUGCCUCACCACCGCUUGCAGUUCGAACGACUGGAAGCCUGAGGAGGAUCAGCUGCUGCUGAAACUCGCCAAAGAGACUGGAGGUGGGUACAUCGCUGCCUUGGUCAAUGUGUGUUCAGCUGGUUUCCUUGAUCUGCACAUGCGUGUUGUGCGUUGUCAGGUCGUUGCUGGCGUCAGAUAGCCGAGGCGUUUCCCAACCACUCGGACAUCGAGUGCAUGAUCAGAUGGAAAAACAAUCUGUCGGGGCUUGACGGCAAGGUGAGGAUCGACCGACCGACUCACCGACCUGCUGAUGGAUGGAUGGAUUCAUGUGAUUGUGUGUGUUGUCUGUCAUCGAUGCGGUUGUCCAUUCGUUGAUUCGUUGAUUGAACAGGGUAGCUGGACCAAAGAGGAGGAUGAUUUGCUGUAUGAGUUGGUGCUGCAGUAUGGCCCAUCCAAGUGAGUGAGCCAACGAUCGAAGCGAAGCAAGCCACAGAGAGAUUGGGACGUGGAUUGGAUUGUCUGUCUGUUCUGUGUCGUGUCGUCGGUGGUGUUCGCGGUGUGUGUGUCAGUUGGGCCGCUUUGUCCAAGGAACUGAACGAGAAGCUCGUCUACAGGCGACGCUCUGGUGAGUGAGUGCGCCACCUGCAGGACUCUACACAUCUGACCUGUCCAGACACAAUCAAUCGUCGCUCCUUCAUUCCCUUUCUGCCUGUCUGUUGAUGUGUGUGUGCAGCCAAACAGUGUCGUGAGCGGUGGAUCAACCACAUGGACCCAAGCAUCAACCGGUACGCACACACAGGCCGGACAGACGGACGGACAACAAUCGCUCCAUCUUUGUCUGUGUGUGUGUUUUGUGUGUGGUAUCCUGUCUGUGCAUCAGGGAUGCGUGGACGCCCGAUGAGGAUGACACCUUGAUGAAGAAGCAGAAGGAGCUCGGCAACAAGUGGACGGAGAUAUCACGACACAUACCUGGUAAUUAGCCUGCCCACCAACGACAAUCUGACACACACCAGCCCCUGUGUGUGUGUGUCUAUGUCCGUUGUGUUGUGUGUCCUUCAGGUCGUACGGAGCUGCAGGUCAAGAAUCGUUAUCGCGCGCUGAUGAAGUUCGGUUCACAGCGGAAGCCGCGGGAGCCACGUGACCCCAACAAGGCCAAACACACCGAAUCGCAGCCGUCAACCAGCAGCCGCCACUCGUCGGAGACCAGCAGACAGCCAUCCUCACGCAGCGCUGCACCAAGCAGCAAAGAUGGUGAGUGAGGAGGGAGGGAGGGAGGCUGGCAUAGUACGGACUAUGUGUGCAUCUUGUCUCUGUGUACGUGACGUUCAUAGGUGCGUCGCCAAGCCACAAGCGUCCUUGGGCCGACGGCUACCCAACCCCCGCUGUGAGCCAGCCCGCCUCAUCCCCUGCCCCCCUCCCUCCCCCACACCAGUACGGCAGUUUCCCAUCCACCCACUGGCAGCCACAGCAGCAGCAGCAGCAGCAGCGGCCGCCCCGCCCAUCUGACGCUGCCUAUGCCGAUCCCAACGACCCAUAUCGGCAGUACGGCUACGCUGCGGUCAAUCCUUCGGCGUCUUACUACUCUCCGUAUGGGCAGCCCACGGGGGGCUACUACGGCAGCCCACCAGGGGGCUACUGCGCUCAUCGGCGGCACGACCAUGGGGGGUCGGGGGCGGAGCGGCACCACUCCUCCCACCACCAUCAUCAUUCCCACCACCAUCGGUCGUCUCACGGCCACCAUCGGUCGUAUCACGGGCACCACCACCAGCACACGAGCCUGCCCUACCCUUACCCCACCUACAACCCGGCAUCAUCUGCAGCGGCGGCCCACCAGUACUACUAUGGGUACGGCCAGCGGCCACAGCAGCAGCAGAUGGACGGUGUGAUGGGAAUGGGGAUGGGCGGAGGUGGGGACGGGAUGUCCCUGUCGCCGUCUGCGGCUCGGGGGGGGUCAGUCGAGUACUGGUCUGAGCUGCUGGAGCAACGGCUGGCUGCACUCAAGAGGGACCAGGAGCACCACCUGCACCUCAAGGAAUCCAUCCAGAAGCAGACACACCAGCUGCAGGAACUCGUGCAGGUACGUGUGUGUACGUGUCGGCGCCUUCUUCAUGUGUAUGCAUCCCUCUGUGUCUGUCUCUGUUGUGUGUUGGACGCACCAAACCGCUCAGGAUCGUCGAUUGCCCGGCCACCACGACCACCACGCCCCGUCGAGCUCCCCUCCCGCCAGCGACCCCUCCAGUGACCCCAAGCGCACCUCGCACCCCACCCCGUCGGCAGACGCCCACGAUCAGUCGUCGAAGCGCAUCCGCGUCCACCAUCACCAUCAUAGCUACCACAAUGGCAACGGCAGCGAAGAGUCCGAUAUGGCGGACUCGACCGUCACCACAACCACCAUGGCCACCAGUGGGGACGGGAAGGAUAAGGAGGGUGGUGUGCUCAAGAUGCGGCUGGUGCAGAAUGGGGCGGGUGGUGCUGCUGCGGGCGAAGGGUUAGAAAGGGUGGGCCAGCGGUGAAUGACACGGCUGCCUGCUGGUUUCGUUGACGGCUGGCUGGCUGGCUGGCUGGAUGGGAUGCUGUCUCUCCGCAUUUUUCUCGUCCCUCGUAUCUUGUCUCUCUUGUCUGUUUGUCUCUCCUGUCAGCCAGCCACUCACCCACUCACUCACUCUGUGGUGUAGAGCAUCCCCCAUCCAUCCAUCCACCCCCCUUCAUCUGAUCAUGUUCACCGCCACGCCGGCUCGCCUUAGUGGAGGGGGCCGGCGUACGACACACAUGCAUACACACGUGUGUGGGUGGGCACGUAGAAUAUAUGAACCUUGCCCAUCCAUCCACCACUUUUGAAGAUUUGUGUGUCUGCCUGGCUGGCUGGCUGGCUGGCUGGCUGGUCGGCUGGCUGUUCGGGGUGCUUGAUGGCCCAUCUGACCAACUGGUGAUGGAUAGCUGUCCAUUCGCGGCGGCACAGCCGACCAAGUUGAUGGAAAGCAAGACAGUGGAGGGCACAGCACAACAGACACUUCAGACCCAUACACAGCAGACAGGCUAGGAAGUGUGUGUAUGUCCAUCUUUCUGUCUGUCUCGUCUCACAGUCUGCCUGGUCGUGUAUAGCGCUUUUCGUGUUUCAUAUAUGCAUACAGCUACAUACCUACAUACCUACCUGGAUGGAUGGAUGACUGCAUACGCGCAGAGAACUUAUCUAUCAGUCGUCAGUUUUUUUUGAUCACUGACUGACGACAGGUCGCUAGUCAGUCAAGAGUGUCAUAUUUUGAAAGAGCGGAGGAGAGCGGCAGGGGCGGGGGAGCCUUUGCUGCCCGCUCGGCCAUGGUGUUGUUGGGUUGAGAGCGCUACUGCGCCGCGCGGGGCCGUCUGUCUGUCUGUCGGCCUCUCUGUGUGUGUGAAUGUGCGCCGUGCGUGUGUCGCCUGAGAGAGUGUUUUCCUUGCUGUGUGUACGAUAGACACUAGCUAGGCACACACACAUCCAGCCAUCCAUCCAUCUCGAUGGAUGGCCGCAUGGCAUGC